AUGUCUGAAGAGCAAGCAGCAACCAUCAUCCAGUUAGCAUUUAGAGGCUUUCUGACUAGGUGUCAAAAUGAAGGAAUUAAAUCAAAGUAUGGUAAGCAGGAGCUUAUUGUAGGACCAGAAAGUCUAAGUACGGAGUCUCUGGGCACAUCAGUUGAAGUUCAAACGGGAAAUUCUGUGGAUGUUUACUCAAUUCAAGAAGAAAAUGUGGCUGCUCACCGCCGGAUGCAACAGAAAGCUAGAACUCAGGAACUAAAGCUGAAGGAAGAAUGGGAUGAUAGCACGGUGAGUAGCAACAUAUCAAAAAUGAGGAUUCAGAACAGACUGGAAGCAACAACCAGGCGUGAGAGAGCACUGGCUUAUGCCUUUUCACAACAGCUAAGGAUCUGUUCAAAGAAAAGACACACCACAUCUGAUGGCACAGAACAGAACAUGGGAUGGAGCUGGCUGGAACGGUGGAUGGCAACCCGCCCUCCUGAAAUCUCCUCAGUCGAAAGUCAUAUGAGCAAUCAUGUUGAGCCAAUUAACAGCAACCAAAGAUUUGUGUUCGGAAAGAGAUUGUUCGAUGGGGCAGGUGAAGAAAAAGAGAGCUGCGGAUCUAAUGAAGUGAAUGUCCUAUUUGAUAGCUUCCCAGUAACAACAGCAGAAGAGAAAGAUGGCUAUAGUCCAACUCAAAACAGGUUUAAGGCUGCAAGAAGCUUAUCAAGGCGAAAAUCUGUGCCAAGCUAUGAGUGUGGGAAAGAGUAUUCCAAGGUAAGCAAGAAGGAUUGUUCAAGGGAGGCUGAAAAAGAUAAAGAGCACAACCCGAAGAACACAGGAAGAAUCAAGUACAAAAAUGCUUCAUUUUAA